GACCAAGAUCAUCUACCACAUGGACGAGGAGGAGACGCCGUACCUGGUCAAGCUGCCUGUGGCCCCCGAACGUGUCACGCUGGCAGACUUCAAGAACGUGCUCAGCAACCGGCCUGUGCACGCCUACAAAUUCUUUUUCAAGUCCAUGGAUCAGGACUUCGGGGUGGUGAAGGAGGAGAUCUCAGAUGACAAUGCCAGGCUGCCCUGCUUCAAUGGCCGAGUGGUCUCCUGGCUGGUCCUGGCCGAGGGUGCACACUCAGAUGCAGGGUCUCAAGGCACAGACAGCCACACAGAUGUGCCCCCACCUCUCGAGCGGACGGGGGGCAUCGGGGACUCCCGGCCCCCUUCCUUCCACCCGAAUGUGGCCAGCAGCCGUGAUGGGAUGGACAACGAGACUGGUGCAGAGUCCAUGGUCAGCCAUAGGCGGGAGCGAGCCCGGCGCCGGAACCGUGAGGGCCGCGAGGACGCCUCCCGGACCAACGGGCACCCAAGGGUGGAGCGGCGGCGGGACCUGGGCCUGCCCCAUGACAGUGCCUCCACUGCAAUGAGCAGUGAGCUCGAGUCCAGCAGUUUCAUUGACUCCGAGGAAGACACAAGCCGGCUGAGCAGCUCCACGGAGCAGAGCACUUCCUCGCGGCUGAUCCGCAAACAUAAGCGGCGGCGCCGACGACAGCGCAUGCGGCAGACAGACCGGGCCUCGUCCUUCAGCAGCAUCACGGACUCAACGAUGUCACUAAACAUCAUCACCGUCACCCUCAACAUGGAGAGGCACCACUUCCUGGGCAUCAGCAUCGUGGGCCAGAGCAAUGACCGUGGCGACGGUGGCAUCUAUAUCGGCUCCAUCAUGAAGGGUGGGGCCGUAGCUGCUGAUGGUCGCAUAGAACCAGGAGACAUGCUGCUGCAGGUGAAUGAUGUCAACUUUGAGAACAUGACCAAUGAUGACGCAGUCCGCGUGCUGCGGGAGAUUGUGUCGCAGACGGGGCCCAUCAGCCUCACGGUGGCAAAGUGCUGGGACCCGACUCCCCGGAGCUACUUCACCAUCCCAAGGGCUGACCCGGUGCGGCCCAUCGACCCGGCCGCCUGGCUGUCCCACACGGCGGCGCUGACGGGCGCCUUGCCCCGCUAUGAGCUGGAGGAGGCACCACUGACAGUGAAGAGUGACAUGGGUGCUGUUGUGCGGGUCAUGCGGCUGCCAGACUCGGGGCUGGAGAUCCGCGAUCGCAUGUGGCUCAAGAUCACCAUUGCCAAUGCUGUCAUCGGCGCGGAUGUGGUGGAUUGGCUGUAUGCGCAUGUGGAGGGCUUCAAGGAGCGUCGUGAGGCGCGAAGGUAUGCCAGCACCAUGCUGAAGCACGGUUUCCUGCGGCACACAGUCAACAAGGUCACCUUCUCCGAGCAGUGCUACUAUGUCUUCGGGGACCUGUGCAGUAACCUCGCGGCCCUGAACCUCAACAACGGCUCCAGUGGGGCCUCAGAUCAGGACACCCUGGCCCCGCUGCCCCACCCAGCUGCCCCUUGGCCCCUGGGCCAGGCCUUCCCCUAUCAGUACCCGGGGCCCCCGCCCUGCUUCCCACCUGCCUACCAGGACCCCGGCUUCAGCUAUGGCAGUGGCAGCGCUGGUAGUCAGCAAAGUGAAGGAAGCAAGAGCAGCGGGUCCACCAGGAGCGCCGGUGGGAGCAGCCGGCGGGCCCUGGGGCGUGAGCAGGAGCGUCGGGCAGCCGGUGCAGGGGGCAGUGGCAGUGAGCUAGACCCCACAGUGCCAAGUGGGGCAGGUGGCUGGCGGGAGCGCCCGGCCAGCCAGCUCAGCCAUGGCAGCAGCCCUCGAAGCCAGGCUUCAGCCACUGCACCCGGGCUGCCUCCCCUGUGCCCCCUGGGCAAGGCGUACACGGCAGUAGGCGGGCCCCCUGGGGGGCCACCUGUGCGGGAGUUGGCCUCAGUGCCUCCUGAGCUCACAGGCAGCCGCCAGUCCUUCCAAAAGGCCAUGGGGAACCCCUGUGAGUUCUUUGUUGACAUCAUGUGA